AUAGCUACAGAUCGAACAACUAAAGCUAACAGCAAAGAGGAGGACAUUAACCGAGCUUUAGUAAAAGUAAAGCAAGGUCUCCACACUGUGAAAGUUUCCCAGUUUGACGCGACCCAGGUUCAACGAGAAAUUGAGGGCGAACUAUUUGACAAAUGGCACGAGGCUUGCGAGGUAUGAGGUAUUAUUGAUGUCAAGGCUAAAGGCCAAGCGUCCCUUAUAUACUUUUAAUUACUUAAAACCAAAAAUUUAAAACGAAUAAGCUACUGACCCCCCUCCCGCCCACCACACCCAUUUGAGAAGCUUAUAGUCCAUGAAAUUUAUUGUGUUGUAAAGGCUGGUUGUCAUUCACGAAAUUUGGCUGCGUUCAGUUCACGGUUAAUGUUAAUAGGUCAAUCCUUUCGUAUCAAAGGGAUUCUACCCAAAUCGUAAAUUAGGCCGAUUUUUGUGUCUAGAAUGUUUUCUUUGAGAAAUCGGAACGACAAACCGUUACGUGUAAACUACCCUUUAGAUUAAGCAUCACAAUAUCAAAUACUCAGUAACCUCAUACUAUUACUUUUGAAAAACAGAAAAAGAAACUCGACUGCAGUUGUAUUUCAUUUUGUGGCGGCAGUACAUGCCAAGAACACGAUAAUUUGUCUAAUUAACUGAAAUGAAAAAUAGGCUUCAGUUGUCGGCAAGCCUGGCGACAAACAAAUUUCUAGAUGUUGCAUAAGUUUUCGUUCAGGAAUUCACCUUGCAAAAUUUUGACCAAGCGGGGUGGGGGGAGACUAGGUUUUUCCUGGAGUGUGACCAAAAGCGUGGCCAAGCAAAAAGCAAAGCUUAAGAAAUUUAUUCGCAAGCCGAACACACGAAAAUUCAAUCUAGAUUUUUACUCCAGCAACUCCGUUGGUUGCCCCUUAAAUGGUUAAUUUUGAGCCAAAAUGAAACGCAACAUACAUUGCUGGAACACCCUUCCCUACCCUACUGAGUUUUUUACCCCUACUCUCAGAGUCUGUACGGACGACACACUUAAGCUAACGUCAUAACCAAAUUUUCUGGCAUCGGUAGAUUACAAUUUUGUAUUAGCUAUUGCGCUACGCUGCACGCGUUUCGCGAGCUCGGUUGCUCCACUAUAUGAAAAUACCACUCUGAGAUCGCAGCCAUCACACCUUAACCUGUCGAACGUGUGGAAAAAUGAAUAUCUAAUAUUUUCAUUAAACAGGUAAUGGAAGCCAAAGGUAUUGCCAUUGAGAGUAUCCAAGGCUUCCUGGAUCAUCUUCAGGACGCUUAUGAGGGAAUUGAUGAACAGAUGAGAAAGAAAAUGAACGGAAUUGCGUGGGCAAGUGAAUGGGCAUAUAAGGUAAUGGAGUUUAAAUACAACGCCUCAAGUGAUUCUAGUGCCAGGUACGGAAUGAUAGCCUUUGGCAAAUCCAAAGAUGGAAAGUUUGUAGACUGCAUGUACUGCCUCUACAAGCUGGAUUUCAAAGUUGCCCCUGAGAGAAUCAUCACCACAAAACAACAUUCAGUUUUGUGGGGUCUGGUUAAGUGGCAAACUGUGGAACAGAGAGUACAGGAAAGAGUGCUUGGCGUGAAGUCGCUGAAACGCAUCAAAAAUUUCUUCCGCUUCAAGGCUCUGGAAGGUUUUUACAAAGAAGGUCUCAUCGACCAAAUUAAUGUGGUGCCAUCUAUUGAAGAUACGGUGGAUGCCGACCAGUAG